GAGAUAUCUAUCUGUGUCAUGCAUACAUCGCAUUUGGAUUAUUCACUCGUAUUUAUUAUGCCUUCAUACUACUCCGAGAAAAUCAGGCCACAUCGUGGAUGGCCUGUCACAAAUCAUUUGCAUUCCUGCUCGUGUGCUCUGACAGCGCUGGCGGGCGCAAUUGAUGCGGGGUCCACGUAAUUGCAGUAGAACAUCCCACUCGAGCGGGAAGUGCGUCACACAUGGCCGCCGAAGUUAGAUGAUACGCCAUAGGCAUGAUUUUUGCGCCUGACGAUCUUUUUCUUUCAAUCACAUUCCUACGAUCUACAUAUCCACCAUGCCAAAAGGAGAGAACAGCAAGAAGGUCGCUGGAAACGCGAAGAAGGCCGAGGCGGCCGCCUCCAAAAAGGCCGCAGAGGACGCCAAAGCCGCGGUCGCCGAGGACAAGCAAUGGGGCAAGGGAGCCAAGGACAACAGCAAAGCCGAGGCCGCCGCCGCAAAGGCCGCCGAGGCCGCACGCAAAAAGGCUGAAAAGGAAGCUCUGAUGAAGGAGGAAGAAGCCUCUCUACCCAGCAAAGUCACCAAAUCCAAAGUCGCCGUCAAAAAGACCCGCGGUCUCGAUCUCGCAGAUCUUGAUGCACCUUCCUCUUCCAGAGAUCCUCUCGCUGCACUCAACGCCACCGGUAUCGACAAUGCGCUCGACGCGCUCUCUCUCACAGGCAGCAGUGCCAACGACAAACUAGAUCGACACCCGGAGCGUCGUUUCAAGGCCGCAUAUGCCGCGUUUGAGGAGCGAAGGUUGGAGGAAAUGAAGGAUGAGAAGGGCCUGAGGCGACAGCAGAAGAUUGAUCAGAUUCGGAAGGAGUUCGAGAAACAUCCGGACAACCCUUUCAACCAGGUCUCGGCGGCCUACAACAUGUCAAAGGAGGAGAUGAGCGAGCUCAAGGAGGGCGAGAGGGCAAGGAAAGAGGGUCUGUUGACGGCGAAGUGAUAGUGCGGUUGAUGAGUUCGUGAACAGUAUUUUGAACUGGGUGAUGGUUCUGUACCGCCGCUACUUAGUUGUGCUGAAAAUAUAGCACGCUUCGAGCAGAGUAGGACGAGGUGGAUACACCGAAGCCAUGAUCUGUGCAAUCGAACCUGGGCGCAUUGGGUCCAAUACUGAUGAGCGUGGCUGGUGACAUUUCUCGCGCCUUUCUUGUCGCAAGAUGGAGUCCCGGAAAUAUCUCAAACCGAAAAGAGAUUGAAUGAUUCUCGUUCCAAACACUAAAUAGACUUUGACCUACUUCUUAUUCACCAUCUCCGGAGUGAAACGUGUUGUACAGCAGCGUUAUAUGUCGCGCAGAAGCUAAGCUUAUAUACGACAACGGUCAAUCUCCGUUCUUCUUCCGAAU